GCCUCUGCUGACUUGCCCCACCCACCCGCGUGGGCUCAGAGGUUCCAGCCCGGCGGGGCCCAGCCCCAGCGACCAUGCGGCUGUUCUAUGGGCUGCUGAAACAGCCGUUGCUCAAGCAGAUCGAGCGCUAUUCCCGCUUCUCGCCGUCGCCACUCUCCAUCAAACAGUUUUUGGACUUUGGAAGAGAUGCUUGUGAGAAAACAUCAUUCGUGUUUCUACGGAAAGAACUUCCCGUGCGCCUCGCCAGUACAGCGAGGGAAGUUGGUCUUCUGCCAGAUAAAUUGCUACACCACCCUUCGGUAAACCUGGUGCGAAAUGGGUACUUGCAGAGUUUCCUUGAGCUCUUAGAAUAUGAGAACAAAAGCCCUGAGGAUCCACAGGUCUUGGUCAACUUUCUUCAAGUUCUGAUUAAUAUCAGAAAUAGACACAAUGAUGUGGCACCUAUGAUAGCACAAGGAGUGAUCGAAUACAAAGAAAAGUUUGGCUUUGACCCGUUCACUAGUAGUAACAUCCAAUAUUUUCUGGAUCGGUUUUAUAUCAACCGCAUCUCUUUCCGCAUGCUCAUUAACCAACACACACUCCUGUUUGGCGGUGACAUCAAUCCUGCUCAUCCUAAACACAUCGGAAGUAUUGACCCCACCUGCAAUGUGGCUGAUGUUGUGAGAGAUGCUUAUGAGAAGGCCAAGAUGCUGUGUGAACAGUAUUACCUCGUAGCUCCAGAACUGAAAAUCGAAGAAUUCAAUGCCCAAGCUCUAGACAAACCUAUACAGGUAGUUUAUGUGCCUUCACAUCUGUUUCACAUGUUAUUUGAGUUGUUCAAGAACUCAAUGAGAGCAACAGUUGAACUGUAUGAAGGUAGAAAGGAGGGUUGCCCAGCUAUUAAGACCCUCGUUACUCUAGGUCAGGAAGACUUGUCCAUUAAGAUAAGCGACCAAGGUGGUGGGGUCCCACUUCGAAAAAUAGACCGUCUUUUUAACUACAUGUAUUCAACUGCUCCCAGACCCAGCCUCGAGUCCAGAAGAGCGGCCCCCCUGGCUGGAUUUGGUUAUGGUUUGCCGAUUUGUCGCCUGUAUGCUAGAUAUUUUCAAGGAGACUUAAAACUCUAUUCCAUGGAAGGAAUGGGUACUGAUACCAUCAUUUACUUGAAGGCUCUUUCAAGUGAAUCAUUUGAGAGACUGCCAGUCUUUAACAAGUCUGCAUGCCGCCAUUACAAAACCGCUUCUGAAGCUGAUGACUGGAGCAACCCGAGCAGCGAAGCCCGAGAUGCUUCAAAAUACAAAGGACAAGAUAAAGACCAAUAGGACUUUGUAGGGAACUGAAUGCUUCAACAAGAUUUGUCUUUUUCAAGGCAACUGAGAGAACUUUCCUCUACCAAGUUCUAGUGCUUGUCUGUGUGUUUUAGUCAUGCCUUCCUGUAGCUACUUCAGAAUCUCCACAGAAGUGGUUUGGGUGUUUUCCCCUGUUACGCUGCUGUGGUUUGGUUGAUGCCCAUCACAAGAAAGCACCGACCUCUUUAGUGCUCUGAUCUCACACUUCUCUCAUUAGUCCAUUAUCUACAUGGUCCCCAGGAUUCUAAAUUCCUGCCUCAUUCCAAUGUGGUGGUGGCUUUCUACUUGUGUGUGUGUGUGUGUGUGUGUGUGUGUGUGUGUGUGUGUGUGUGUGUGUUUGUGUAUGUGACCAAAUAUCAUGUUUGUCCCAAACUAACAAGUAAGGCUUGAAGACACCAGCUAAGUGUUUUGACAGUUCAUCCCAGUUCCUUCCUCUUUCAUGCCUGCCUCUUCAGUUUGAUUUACCUUUUUCCUUUCUCCAUCUGAUUGUAUGCAUACUGUGAGAUGUAGGUACUUUUGCCUUAGCUCUUACUCUAUGAGGCAUCAAUUUUAUUUUAAAAUUCUUUGUGUAUACCUCCAUUCUGCCAAUUAAAGCAUUCCAAAAUGUG